UCUUGUAAGGGCAACAGCUCCACGGCUUCAUGUCUUAUUUGAUGGUGUGAAACUGCUGAGCAUCAACCCAUGCCUCGCUCGGACUGCUGCGGAAUACCACUCCGUGGAGCGGUAACAGUUCUUGGAUGUGCCUUGGUCGUGUUUUGUCUUGGAAAUGGAUACACAUACGGCAACAUGACCCCGUACCUGACCUCGUACCUGAGGAACAGAAGCGCGCUGUCCUCGGAUGUCAGGUACGCGGAUACGCUGUGGAUCAGUACCGGGAGCAUCCUCUGCUCCAGCUUCUUCAUGCCGAUUCUGUGUAUGGCGGAACAAUACAUCCCAUCCAGGAUUUGUAUCCUCGUCGGCGGAUGGACCUUCAGUCUUGGUAUCGCGGUGACAUACUUCAGUGUCAGCUACAGCUUCGUCACCACCAUCCUCUCCUACGGAGUCCUAUACGCUAUGGGGAAGAGUAUGGCAUACCCUAUCAGCCUGAGGAUGGCUAUCAAGUGGUUUCCUGGACGAAAGGGUCUCGUGAUUGGAAUAAUUGAUGCCUGCUAUGGCGGCAGUGCAUUUGCCCUGAACCAAAUCAUCACCAGAUUUAUCAACCCUGACAACCUUUCCCCUGACCAAGAUAUCAACAACAACCAUUAUUUCACUCAAGACAGUCUCCUGGAUAGAGUGCCCUACUGUUUUCUCCUCCUGGGAGGUAUUUAUGCAGCACUAAGUACAGUCGGGGUCCUGCUAAUGAAGGAUCCAGCAGUGCAGGUAGAAAAUGGGGAUGCUCCUGGUCUGAAGGACACAAUUCAAGAAAUAGGAGACACUGGAAUUAAAGAAGACGAAAACAGAGACGAAAGACAUGAUGACGACGGAAGCCUGAGCCCGAUGGAAACAUUAAAGACAGUCCGGUUCUACAUCAUCUGGCUGGUGUACUUCAGUUUGGGAGUGUCCAUUGACAUCUUCUACGGCUUUUACAAGCCAUAUGGUGAAACAUUCAUCACUGAUGACUACUUCCUGUCUUUGGUGGCCUCCUUUGCUGCUAUAGCAAAUGCUCUGGGAAACCUGUUCUGGGGGUUCAUGGUUGACAGGUAUUCAUACAAGCCCGUCCUGGUGUCCUUGAUCACAGCCAGUGGUGUAUUCCAAGCUACUCUAAUCGCAACAGAGUACGGGGGAAAGGCCAUGUACUUCAUCUGGGUCUGCUGUCUUGGUUUCUCCAUGAACGGCAUAUUCAGCAUCCUUCCGCUGAUAGCCAUUGAGAUGUUUGGAAAUAAGUACUACUCAGUUAACUAUGGACUUGUGCACACUGCUGGAAUAGCUUUUGGUUUGGUUGGAGCAACGAUUUCGUCCCAGUCGAAGGAUACCUUGGGAUGGCAUGGCCUGUUCCUUCUAUCCGCUGGCAUUUCAGUUAUCAGUUUUCUCUUGUCCCUUAUCCUCUAUUUCAAGAAUUGGACGAUGGAAAAGAAAUCGUCACCUAUUUGACGGCAUGUGUCGUGUCAUGUUAGGGCCACAAUCACCUCCUGAGUAUUGUUCACAGAGUAGAAAAUCAAAAUAUAGCUGGAAUCUAAAGUUAGAUAGAUAGACUUGCAGUCGGGGUGCAUACAAAGUUACACAAUCAAUCAGGUCACACUUUGUAACCCCAUGAUGUCCGGGGUACCUACAUAUACUGUUGAAAUAGAAUAGGGGAUGUAGAAUACCAUGUAUAA